AUGCCAAAGGAUACUAAGCGUUCAAGUGCCAAAACCACCAGAACUGGCAAGAAGAAGAAGGAUCCUAACGCACCAAAGCGUGGUCUCUCUGCUUACAUGUUCUUCGCCAACGAGCAGCGCGAGAACGUCCGUGCUGAGAACCCUGGCAUUGCUUUCGGCCAGGUCGGCAAAGUUUUGGGUGAACGCUGGAAGGCACUCACCACUGCCCAGCGCAAGCCUUAUGAGGACAAGGCUAAGGCUGACAAGCAACGUUACGAAGAUGAGAAGAUCGCCUACCAGGGUGGUGGUGCCGAAGAGGAGGAUGAGGAUGACGACUAA